AUGGCAGCCAUCCAUCGUCCAGCUCAUUUAACACAUCAUGCAGCCAAAAUUGCCUCAGCUGCUGCUCUGGAAAAAGCCAAGGAGAUCGGGGUUCCCAUGAACAUUGCCAUCGUUGACGCUUCUCUCUAUCUCCUCCAUUUCGAGAGAAUGCCGGGCGCCAAAUUGACAUCCAUUGAUAUUGCCAUGAACAAGGCUUUCACGGCCGCUGGUCACCGAGCUCCUACCUCCAUCUACAAGGAGAAUGUCUGGCCGGGCGGUGCUGCAUUUGGAUUGAAUAACAGCAACAAUGGCCGAUUCAUGUACGUUGCAGGCGGCAUUCCGAUCGUUGUAGAGGGUGAGGUCAUCGGUGCCAUCGGAUGCAGCACUGGCACUCCCGCCCAGGACUCUCAAGUGUCUCAGGCCGGAGUGGAUGCUAUUCUUGAGUAUAUCAAGAAACAGGCUUCUAAGCCAAAAUUAUAA